CCAUUGAAUUCAAAAGCCCUGAAACUCUAACAUGAGAAUGGAGAAAGCAGCCAUUUUUAUGUACCUUUGUUUUGUUGUCUCAGCAAAACGUUGCAGCUACCCAUACACAGCGCUGGGCUCCAGGUGUUACUAUUUCAGUACUGACACAGCAUCGUGGGACGAAGCUUACGUAAAUUGUAUUCAUAAAGGCGGAUACUUGGCGAACCUGGAAACUCUAGACGAAUACCUAACUAUGCGAUACAAGCUUGCAGGAAUGAAAAAUGGCCAGCAUUAUUCCAUCGGAGGACGAGAUUUUAAUCGCCAGGUGAAUGGUGGAGGUUGGAGAUGGGUCAAUGCCAGUCGAAAUUCUAAGAUGUCUUACUUUGCAUUUGGGCCAGGAGAACCAGGAGGUACCAAAGAAUCUCCACAGCUCUGUCUGUGGUUAUACGCUAAAUAUCAAUAUCAAUUUGUAGACGUUGGAUGUACCUCUGUUGCGCGAUACAUAUGUGAAAAAUAAAGAUCUUUGAAUUUUA